UAAGGUUACUGAGUUAGUAUUCUCGGAAGUUUUCUAUGUCAGGUAUUUAAGUAUUGGUAAUGGUAAAAUGUGACCAAUUAACGCGCAAAACGAGAUUUAUCGCCUUUGCCUGAUUACGCUAUGGGUACUACAAAGUUUUAAUAGCACAGGUGAAACCAUUCUAUUUUCAAGUCUAUGCAACUUAAAAUUACAAUAAAUAGAUCAAAAAUGUCAUACAAUGUCGAUGUUCUCUGCCCAAACUUAUGUCGUUUAGGUGAAGGUCCGUGCUGGGAUGCUCCGAAUCAGAGACUUUUAUUUGUUGAUAUCGAAAAAAGCACAGUUCACAGAUGGAAUUAUUCCACUUUAUCAUUACAAGCACCUUUAAAAUUGAACGGUCCAUACGUGAGUGCAGUCGUUCCACGAGAAAAUGGUGGCUUUGUUGUAGCUGCUUACGACAGGUUCGCCUCUCUGAAUGAAGUGACUGGACUCUCUAGUACAAUAGCAAAAGUUCCGUUAAAUGAGCAAGUCAAAUUUAAUGACGGAAAAUGUGACCCAGCCGGACGAUUUUGGGCAGGAACGGGAGGUACAACAAACGAAACUAAACAAGGAUACCUUUACACUCUCAAUACUGAUAAAACAGUCACUACUAAAAUAUCCGAUGUUAUAUUAUCAAAUGGUUUAUCGUGGAGUCCUGAUCACACAAAGAUGUACUUCAUCGACACGCCAACGUACAACGUAUUGGCAUAUGAUUAUGAUGUUAACACUGGAGCGAUCGCUAAUCCACAACUUUUGUUGAAAUUUGAUAAAUGGAAGGACGGAACACCUGAUGGACAGUGCAAUGAUGCAAAUGGAAAUUUAUGGGUGGCGAUGUACGGUGGUGGACGUGUAAUAAAGGUUGACGCUUCAACCGGCCAGAAAGUCGAAAGAAUAAGUGUCAGCACUUCAGCUUUAAAAAUAACCUCAUGUUGUUUCGGUGGACCAGACUUGAAUGAGUUGUUUGUGACUAGCGCGUCUAGUGACGAACCUGUGGGGGAUGCUGGAUCGUUAUUCAAAGUAACAGGCCUUCAGGCCAAAGGACGUCUCUCUACUCCGUAUAAAGGUUGAUUAAUAUAAUCAACUAGAUAUGAUUUACACAAUUUACAAUUAGCACAGCAAUUUUUAGUUAUUUACUUAUGCAAUUUAUUUAUAUAGUAUAUUUUAAAUAGUUAUUUAUAUUAUAUAGAAAUGUUUCGACGGUAUGUUUUGGGAACAUUUAUAGUAAUUUCUUAAUCACGCAAUUAAAACAUGCUGAAUGUUUCAUAAGCA